AUGGGCAAGCUUAUACGCCUGGAACUAUUUAACUUCAAGUCCUACAAAGGCCAUCAUACGCUCCUUUUUGGAGAUUCCUACUUCACCUCCAUCAUCGGGCCAAAUGGAUCAGGGAAAUCCAAUUCAAUGGAUGCGAUUUCCUUCGUCCUCGGCAUUAAGUCUUCGCACUUACGUUCAGCACACUUGAAAGACCUCGUUUAUCGUGGUCGCGUCCUGAAAACCUCCAAAAUUAACGACGAUGGCUCUGCAGAGACGCAGAACAAUAUCAACACCGCGAUAGCGACAGGCGACGACAAGGCUUCGCGUGGCGAUCCUAAAACUGCCUGGGUCAUGGCGGUGUAUGAAGACGAUGCUGGCGAUGAGCAACGGUGGAAGCGCUCCAUAACCAGUUCUGGAGCCAGCGAGUAUCGCAUCAAUGACAGGGUCGUUACGGCACAGCAAUACAAUGAAGCACUGGAAACGGAGAACAUCCUCAUGAAAGCUCGCAACUUCCUUGUAUUUCAAGGCGAUGUUGAAGCUAUAGCUUCUCAGUCCCCACAGGAUCUUACUCGUCUCAUCGAGCAAAUAUCGGGCAGUCUGGAAUACAAGACUGAGUACGAGAAACUCCUGGCCGAUGCCGAAGAAGCUGCUGAGAAUCAGAACUUCCAGCUACAUCGCCGUCGCGGGAUAAAUUCCGAAAUCAAGCAGUAUCGCGAACAGAAAAAGGAAGCAGACAGUUUUCAGAAGAAAACUGAAGAACGAGAUGCUGCCAUCGUAUCACAUUGUCUGUGGAAGCUCUAUCAUUUCCAGAAAGCCAUGGAUGAGUCCAGUGCUACUAUUCAAGACCAUCAAGAAGACCUGAAGGAACUCAAACGGAAUGUGGAAGCUUUCGAAGUGCAGUUGGAUGAUGCUAGGAGAAGCCAGAAUACUGCUGGUCGAUUAGUGGCUCGAACGGAGAAGGAGAUCAAGCUGAGGGAAAGGAACAUUGAAGACAAAGAGAACGCUCUACUGCCUUUUGAUGAGAAAAUUUAUGAAUCCUCACAACAAGUCGACAAGCUCCAUGCUCAAUGCCAAAGGGUGACAAAGGAGCGAGAUGAACAAGCUGCCAUUGUUGAAAAGGUCCAAAAAGAUAUUGAAAACGUUGAGAAAGCACAGUCCGUGUUCGAGAAAGACACCAGGGAUCAGAUGAAGAAGCAAGGGCGAGAUAUCAGUGACGCAGAUCGAAAGGAAUAUAAUCUCCUUCGUGCAGAGGUCAUGGCUCGAUCGGGGACAAAUCAAGCAAGGUUGGAGAACUUGGACCGACAACGCAAAGCAGACGAGGUUACAGUUAACAAUCUCCGGGGAAAGCUCGACAGCAUCACAGCAGCUAUAGAAAAAGCAGAAGCGGAGCUGCAAACUAUCGGCGAGCGCAGAAGCUCUACCGAGUCGGCAUCCAAGGAAAUUUCCGAGGAAAUCGCAAGGAAGAAGAAGGAAUUCAAUCAAUUGCAAUCUGAACGGGUGCGAACGAACCAGAAAAGGACGGAACUUGAGGAGAAGCUCGAAGACGUUGCCCGAAAGCUGCGUGAAGCCGAUGACGGGCGUCGUCAGAAUGACCGCGAAAUUCGAAUGAAGGAGAUGGUCACAUCAUUAAAGCGCAUGUUCCCCGGUGUGAGAGGCCGCAUCGGAGAUCUGUGCACGCCGAAGCAGAAGAAGUACGACGAGGCUGUGAUUGUCGCACUUGGGAAAGAUUUCGACUCAGUUGUGGUAGAUACCGAGAAGGUUGGCGUAGACUGUGUUCAGUACUUGAAAGAGCAGAGGUUUCCGCCCAUGACCUUCAUCCCUCUGGACAACAUCAAAGUCAACGCCGUAAAUACAGCCAUCAAGGGGCUCUCUGGCGCGAGGCUAACGAUCGACACCAUCAAUUUCGACGCAUCGGUUGAGAGAGCGGUGUCAUAUGCUUGCGGCAGCUCCGUGGUCUGUGACUCCUUAAGCAUUGCAAAGCACAUAUGCUACGACAAGAAGAUACCAGUUAAGGCAGUCACUCUUGAGGGGUAUAUUAUUCAUAAGGCGGGAUUGAUGACUGGCGGCCGUGGCCCCGAGCCCAAGGGUGGCAAGCGGAAAUUUGAGGAGGUCGACGUGCAAAAUCUUCAGCGUAUGGCAACGAAACUGAAAGACGAAAUAGACCGGCUCCCCAAGUCUGAUCGACGCGGAACGCAAGAGGAGUCCCUUCAAAUCGACCUUGCAGGAUUAGAACGGCGUUUGGUCUCAAUCAAAGACGAACUUGCGGCUUUCGGUAAAAACUGGACGAGCAAAAAGCGAGAGCUAGACGGUUUUAAAAAGGAAUUGAGAGACCUGGAACCGAAAUACAAAGAACAAGUGUCGCAGUUGGAAAGUGGCAAUGUCACUGUCAGCGAGUUCAGGGCGGCGAUUGCCCGUGUAGAAGAUGAUGUUUUCGCCAAUUUCUGCCGGAAGCUAGGCUACAGCGAUAUCAGAGCAUACGACGCAUCUCAAGGGAAAUUCGAACAAGAGGUAUCAGAAAGAAGGAACCAGUUUGAGGUACAGAAGCAGCGGUUGGAGAACCGUCUUAAAUGGGAACUUAGCAGGCAUGGAGACACGGAAACGCGGAUUCGACGAAUGCAGGAGCACAUGCGACGUUUGAAGCAAGAUAUCAAGACAUAUUCAAAGGAGAAGGCCGACAUUGAAGAAGCUAUUCGUCAAGAUCAAGAUGAGCUUAACGUGUUGCAAGAUACUCUAGAACAGCAAAAGGCUGAUCUCGCAGACAAGAACCAAAAAGUGAGCGAGGCAAGGACCGAGCUGCAGAAAAGGAGUAAAGAUAUUGAGGCACGGCAGCGUGACAUCAGUACUUUAGAAACAACAGUACAAAAGAAUAGUGCCAGCAAGUCUGCUCUACUGCGGAGAUGUCGGCUUGAACAAAUCCAGAUCCCGCUGGUCGAAGGCACCUUGGACAAUCUUCCGAACGAGGAUGAUCUGCUGCGCCAGGAUCCCGACGCAAUGGAUAUCGAUGAAGAUGAGGAGGACAUGAUGGACAUUGCGCUCGACGACCAUGGCAUCGCCAUCAAUUUCGAGGGCUUGGAUAAUGAUCUGAAAGAGUCCGAUGAUCCAGGAGUCGAGGAAAAGUUGACGGAAAGAAUUUCCCUUCUUGCAUCGGAACUCGAAAAAUUGAACCCGAAUAUGCGAGCUAUGGAACGGCUUGAAAGUGUUGAGUCGAGGUUAAAACAGACAGACCAGGAGUACGAAGACUCUAAGGCAGCCGCACAAGCCGCCAAAGACGCCUUUGCUAAGAUCAAACAAAAACGAUAUGACCUUUUCAACAAAGCUUUCACCCACAUCCAGGAACAAAUAUCUCACGUAUACAAGGAUCUGACACGAUCUGAGGCGUAUCCAUUGGGUGGCCAGGCGUAUCUCGACAUUGAAGAGGACACGGACAUGCCCUACCUCUCCGGGAUCAAGUAUCAUGCUAUGCCGCCACUGAAGCGCUUUAGAGAUAUGGAACACUUAUCCGGUGGAGAGAAAACCAUGGCUGCACUAGCGUUAUUGUUCGCCAUUCACAGCUACCAGCCCAGCCCUUUCUUCGUAUUGGAUGAAGUAGAUGCUGCCCUUGACAAUGCAAAUGUCGACAAGAUCAAGAAAUAUAUCCGCGAGCACGCCGGGCCUGGAAUGCAGUUUAUCGUUAUCAGCCUGAAGACGGGACUUUUCCAAGAUUCAGAAAGUCUCGUCGGCGUAUACCGAGACCAGGAGGUCAAUAGUUCCAGAACUUUGACCUUGGAUCUGAGAAAGUAUGCCUGA